AUGACUGUUCAGUGUGCCGUUGAUCAAUCUUUAUACAAUCGAUUCGAACGAUGCCAACAUAACCCGAAAUAUCUGGGAAGUGCUGAACAUGUCCAUCAAGCAUUAGUCAAGAUAUGUCAAAAUGAAUGCAAAACUCAACCAAAUCUUUUGAUACUGAUCGACACCGUUGAAAGUUUCAUUUGUUGCGCCAUCAACCAAUCCCUCGAUUGCUGCGGUACCCGAUUCGCUUGUUUCACACCACCGCAUGGCCCAGUGACUUGGCAUCGCUUUCUCACCGUCUCAACUUCUGUCUGCCCUCUUGUUUACUGA